UUAGAGAGGUCUGUUACUAGAUUUAACUAGAUCUAGAUCUAUUAGUGUAUGACUAAAAUUAGAUUUGCAUUGUGACUACAUUAUUAGGCGACCUUAUAAAUAGGCUUUAGAUUUUAGAGUAACCUGUAUAAAUAAGUUUGUGUCUGGUUUUUAUUCGCAAUACAAACAACGGUUACCAAGGGAACAUUACAGUCAUCGAUUAUUUAAUAUUUUCGUCCGGUCCACACAAGUAAACAGAACAGAAUGCCGGCAGAAGUUCGACAAGCCAUGUUGGACUAUUGGAAGGAGCACUCCAAAGAAGGCUCUGUUAAAGAAAUGAUGCUGGACACAUGUGCAGAGGAACUGACAAAAGAAGAACUUCCAGAGAUUUUAUCUUAUUUGCCAGAUUUUAGAGGGAAGACAGUCCUAGAACUUGGAGCUGGCAUAGGGCGUUUCACAGCCGAGAUUGCAAAGAAGGCAGAGAAAGUGAUUGCUGUUGACUUUAUGGAAGACUUUGUAGAAAAGAACAGAAAGGCAAAUCAUCACUUUGGAAAUAUUGAGUUUGUUGUUGCAGAUGUAACCAAGAUAGAAAGGCAAAGUGAAAGUGUUGACUUUAUUUUUUCCAACUGGCUACUGAUGUAUCUAGAAGACAAAGAAGUCCAAGAUCUGUUUGGCAAACUUUUGUCAUGGCUCAGACCUGGUGGUCAAUUGUUUAUAAGAGAAUCCUGUAGACAUCAGUCUGGUGACAAGGACAGAGGGGUGAAUCCAACCCAAUACAGACAGCCUGAAUUGUAUGAGGCAUAUUAUUCAUCUGUCACCCUACCAUGUGAUGCAGAUAAUUUCUAUGGAUUUGAUCUCGUUGUUUCAAAGUCUGUCCACACAUACAUCAAGAGAAAAAAGAACAAUAACCAAAUGCUUUGGCUUCUGGAGAAAGUUAAGAAGGAUAACUCUCAACUUCAUGGUUUCAAAAGUUUCAGGGAGUUUCUCGACAAACAACAAUACUCCACUCGAGGCAUUCUGCUCUAUGAAAAGAUAUAUGGCAAAGCCUUUGUCAGUACUGGUGGACUAGAAACAACUAAGGAAUUCGUGGAGAUGUUAAAUUUGCAGCCUGAACAGAGAGUAUUGGAUGUGGGUGGGGGUCUAGGUGGAAGUGCCUUUUAUAUGGCAAAGAACUUUGGUGUCAGAGUGAUGAUCAUAGAUUUGUCUUCCAACAUGACUCACAUUGGCCUAGACAGAGCUCAGGAGGCAGGGUGUGGUCCUGAUGAAGUCGUCUUUGAAGUUGCAGAUGCCACAAAAAGAGAGUAUCCAGCUGAGUCAUUUGAUGUGAUCUACAGCCGUGACGUCAUCCUUCACAUAGCUGACAAACUGGCUCUAUUUAAAAAGUUUUUUAAAUAUCUGAAACCUGGAGGCAAAAUUCUUAUCUCUGAUUAUUGCUGCAGUCCUGAUUCACAUUCAGAAGAGUUUAAGGCCUAUGUCAAACAAAGAGGUUAUUAUCUACUGUCCCCACCUGCUUAUGGAAAGGUUCUGGAAGCUGCUGGAUUCAUUAAUGUUAUAGCAGAAGACAAGACAGAUCAAUUUUCUGAUAUUCUCAACACAGAAAUUGAACGAACAGAAAGAAUUAAAGAUGAAUUUAUCAAGGAAUUUGAUGAAGAUGGCUACAGAACAAUAGUGGAUGGAUGGAAAGAGAAAAAACAUCGAGUUGAAAGAGGUGAUCAAAGAUGGGCUUUGUUUUAUGCUGUGAAACCAUGAAUGUCAAGGCAUUUUUUUAAAACUUGAAACCUCAAAACUGAAGUAACUCUGCACCUUGCUGUUUCUAGUCUGUUCUAUAAUAGUACUUUCACAUUCAAAUGCUACUGUUAUGAUUACAAUGGUACAUGAUUACAGCACCCAUAUGGGCAUUUUUCAGUGGCAACUAUUAGCUUAUAUUACCGGCAUUUAUUAUACUGGUAUGGCUAAAUGCUUGCUAAAAUUGUUUGCAAAAAGCUUAACACAUUUCUGGUGUUUUCUAGUGAUAGAAUAAUAUACAUUUUUUAUUAUUGAAAAGUGUUCAAUGCAAUCCACAUGACUAUGUUAAAUAUAUGCUGGGACAAUGAUUAGUUGUAUUUUACAAGUUUGUCUUCCAUAAAAAAAUACAAACUUAAUCUUGGGCAUUGUGUAAAUAUAUGAGAGUAUUACUAAGUUAUGACAGUUACUUCAUAUUACAUUAAAUUGUCUUUUCUAAUCAAUAAAUAUUAGCUGGUGCUAGUAUUUAUUUUAUAUGCUAUUUACUAUUUUUAAAAAAUAUAACAUUGUUAUCAAAGUGUUGUUGUGCUUGAUAAACUUUAGAGGAUUUUAUUUUAAUUUUUAUAUGAGAAAUAUCAAUUCAUGAAUGUAAACUGAAAACAAUUCUCAUUAUCUGAAGAGACAAAAAUAAUUUGUUUUCCAAUGUUUUAAUUAUUUGUUCAGUAAACUUUUAUUUCUGUGUUUGCUUUAGCAUUGAUUAGAAUUUUUCUACACAUCAUAUAGCUUAUCAAGUAGUAGUUUUGAAUGUUAUAUGCAUUUGAAAUGUUCAGGUUGUAUUACUUGGUGACAGUUAUCAAUAUUUUUUAAAAAUGUUUCCAUUGUCCAGCGAGUCCAUGAUCUGGAUUUCUUGUUUUCCUAACUCACAUUCAGGGAUUUAUGUAUUUUGUUAACAUCAGCAAUCAGCUUAUGGCAAACCUCCAUCUUUCUUGGGGACUUCAAGGCUGGCAUGCCUCAAGAUGCUUUUAUUUAGGUAAGGAAGAUACAACUGCUGAAUUGGCCAUGAUUAAUGACUGUAGGCCUGUCUCCACAUAGAAACAUUCCAUCCUUACCUUAAAUACAAAGUAUAUUAGAAAUCCUUGCAUUAUUCAUUAUGUGCAUUCUUUGUAACCUACUUGGCAUAGUUCUUGCUGUUUUAAAUAUUUUAAUAAAAUUUGUAUCAAUAUUA